AUGGCUGCACGCAUAAAUGAAAUUGGCUGCAAAACAGAAACUACGUCAAACGAUGCUUCCUCGGACUUAGAACGGAACAAUCACCACAUUAAUUCAAAAGACGAUGAGAACGAAGAAAUUGGGGACUUAGAGGAGGACUGCAUUCCUAAAAUGGGCGGCGGUAGGCCCUAUCCACCUAAAGUAGGAGACCCCGCUGACUAUAUUGUUUUGUUUGAGGGGCAAGACGAUCCAACUAAUCCUCAGAAUUUUUCAUUUAGAAGGAAAUUACCGUUGAUAAUUGCAAUUAUGACUUCUUGUUUCACUAGUACCUAUGGAUCUGCAGUACUUUCAGAAGGAAUUCUUGAGAUUCUGGAAAAGUUUCAUGUCGGUUUAGAAGUUUCGACAUUAUGUACAUCGCUCUUCGUUCUUGGUUAUGCUUCAGGACCAGUAUUAUGGGGUCCAUUAUCAGAUGUUUUUGGAAGAAAAAUAGUCUUAGUUCCAACGACAUUCAUAUAUUUGGUACUUAACUUUGCUGUUGCCACAGCAAAAGAUAUUCAGACAAUUAUACUCUGCAGAUUUUUCUCUGGGUUUGUAAGUGCUGCCCCAAUGGUUAUCGUUGCGGCAAUUUUAGCAGAAAUAUCCAAUAAUAGGAAUAGAGCAACUCUUAUCACAUAUUUUGCAAUGAUUCUAUUCAGCGGACCAAUGUUAGCUCCUAUAAUUAACGGGUUUAUUGUUAAAAAUUACUCAUUGGGUUGGCGAUGGUGUGCUUAUAUUAUGGGAAUAAUGUGCUCAAUCACGCUAGCAUUACUUAUAUUCUUUUAUGAAGAGACUCACAAUGGCGUCAUAUUAUCCCGUAAAGCACAAAUAUUAAGGAAAGAAACAGGCAAUUGGUCUAUUUUCGCUGGUCAUGAAGAUUUUUCUCCUUCUUUCGAUAAUAUUGUAAUGAAGGCAAUAGGACUUCCGAUUCGUAUGUUAUUCUCGGAGCCAAUUCUUUUGUCCAUAACAAUUUAUAAUUCUUUUAUAUUUGGAUUAUUAUAUUUGUUGUUAACAGCAAUUCCAAUAAUAUUUGGUCAGUCAGGAUAUGGCUUUAGUCAGGGAGUUUCACUGCUACCAUACAUUGCAGUAAUUAUGGGAGUAGAAGUUGGUGGCUUUGUGAAUAUACUUUUCGAGAAGAGAUACCGAAGAAUACUGAAGACAGCGGGAAGAUUAGUGCCAGAGGAGAGGUUAGUACCAAUGAUGAUUGGGGCAGUUAUUUUCCCGUGUGGCUUAUUUUGGUUAGCUUGGAGUGGGCAAUACCAUGAAGAUGUGCAUUGGAUUAUUCCUACCAUUGGUACAUUUCCAAUAGGCUUUGGAUUGAUAUGUAUAUUUUUACCAUCUUUGACCUAUUUGAUCGAGUGUUACUUGCCAUAUACAGCUUCUGCUGUUGCUGGAAACACAAUGAUAAGAUACGCAUUUGGAGCGGCUUUUCCUUUGUUUGCAAGACAGAUGUUUGAUAAAUUGGGAGUCGAUUGGGGAGGCUCAUUGUUAGGUUUCAUCUCAAUUUUAUUACUUCCGGCUCCCUUCUUGUUUUAUAAGUAUGGCGAAAGGUUGAGAAAUAGAUCAAAAUAUUGUUUGAAAACUUAA